UGUGUAAGAAUUAUGGGUGCUUGAAAGCGAAGCUCCUGCUAGAGGAGGAAGUUACAUACUAGGUAAGGUAUCAACAAGUUAUAAGACAUAACUGAUUCUUACAAAAUUUAUUUUAAAUGUUUCUAGGCUUGUAAAACAUUCUGACAUUCAUGACAAAAUUGACAUUAUUUUAGAAAACAUUUUUAUCUGGAUCAUAUAAAUUUCCAGAUGAUAUCGGAAUAUCAAACAGAGUUGUCCCUCUUUUACUGGCUAUAGUAUCCCCCCCCCUUUUUUUUUGAAUAAUCUGUAUGAACGGUUUGCAUCCAUAUGAUGUAUCUACCUAUCGCUUAUACGUUGUUUUUCGCGAUUUUUACUGAUUUAUAUGCUUUUAAUCGGGCAUGUAAUAAUGAAUAAAAUGGAUAUGUGUUUGUUCCCUGAUAGUGAUACAGGGCAAGAUUUUUUUCACAUUCGUAUGCAUCAAAACGAAAGUUCUAUAUUGAAUUGGUCUAUGUUGCUUGUUUCCUCAACUUUGAAAACGCUGUUAAGUUGUAUUAUUAUAUAAAGAAAAUGCAUUAAUUACGAACACAAAAAUUAUCCUACGACCAAACACGUCAGCCUUGUCGUUCAAAAUUAUCUCCCUUUGCUUUCCUCCUGACUUACUUUUGCCUUUCGUGUGCAGUAUUUAAAGCAAUCGACGAAGCAUCGACGUUGCUGAGGUCCACAGAGCAGCAUAUCUUUUUUUAACCAAAUGGCAACUGCCCCUUCUAGUAGUAUAUUUAAAAUAUCUAUAGGGGAUAUUAAGGAGGAUACCGUCUCAUCCUGCUCUGCGGUAGUUUUUGAUUGGGACAAUACUUUGAAGCAGUACAAUCCCGAAAGACGUACCUUACAGACUGGAGUUGACAAGAAUAUACUCCUAAAGUGGAAAAAUGACUUAAAAUGCCAAUUAUUUAUUAUAAGUGCGAUCAGACCAUCAAAGAUGAAUAUGGAAACAAUUCUUAUUGAAGUAGAAAGACUUGGACUAACUGAUGUUUUUAUUGAAAAGUCAGACGACUUUCAAAUUGUGCCGAACAAAUAUGCAAGGAAAGGAAACGUUAUCAUUUGUGGAUAUGACAAAGCAGAAACAUUUUUGGAUAUAUUUUAUGACAGGAAGGAUUUUACAGAUGUAGAUAAAGGUGAUAUGUUAGAUUCAGGACCGCGUGGAAACAUAAAUGUAGAAAGUGACAUCAAUGACAUUGAAACAGAUGGUCACGUGAUAGUGGAUACCAUGGCUUCAACUAGGACAGACACGCCAGUUAUAUUCUUUGACGACGAAGAGGUCAAUAUAAAUAACUUUUCACAAUUAGUGAAGAACAGUGUUUGUUAUAAUGUUAUUUAAAUUAUUCUAAAAACUUUUAUCAAAUUAUUGGAUAGAUGAUUAUUUUUACUCUUUUCAUGUUUUUUUCAUUACCUUUUAAACGUGUUACCCAUUGAUAUAUUUAUUAAAGUCUACCUCAGUUGCUUUG